AGGCUAGAGUUAUUGCUGAGAAUUAAAUAUAUUACAAGGAUGACAGCCACUCUCUUUCGUUUAUUCGUGAUUCUUCUAGGGCUUUCUCAUCUUAUAUGCUUGAAAGCAGUCCCAGUUACAAGAACUGAAAACCUGAUGCAAGGUCCCCAAGUUCACCUUACUCUGGAGAAUACCAACAACAAGGUUACCACUCAGAGAAACUGGUACUAUGAGGAACCAACCAUUGCUCAUAGGAUGGAUUUGGAACUCCAUGACUAUGCACCAUCAGGGGCAAACGGUCGUCACACUCCAAGAGCACCAUAAUGUGUGAAAUGAUGUGUUGAUUUUUAGUUCCUCUACAUAGCUAGUAGGCAUCUUAAAUAGACAUAACCGUUGAAUUCUAGAGGUAGUUAAGUGUGAUGAGAGAAAGGACCAACUAGAGUUGAAUCCCCAGUGUUCAGUAUGAUUAUAUGGGAACUUAUCAGACACUCAUGUUGGUUAAAUUCAGUUUUAUGUAUCAAAUAAGAACUGAAAUUUCAAUUAAUAGCAUUACUGCUAAG